CGGGGCCGGCCCGUGCAUGGCCCAGCCAUGGAGGUGGUGGACGAGACGGAGGCUCUGCAGCGCUUCUUUGAAGGCCACGACAUCAAUGGAGCUCUGGAACCAUCCAACAUCGACACCAGCAUCCUGGAAGAGUACAUCAGCAAGGAAGACUCUCCAGAGAUCUGCUUCCCUGAGAUCCCAGCUCCCACCAGCUACACACACCCCCAGCCCUCCAGCUCUGCCAGCAUCCCUGCACCUCCUGCCAGCUCCAUCAGCAGCGUGAGCAAUCCCUCUCCCAGCACUCCCCUCCACCUCCCUCCUGCCAGCAGCCAGCUCCCCAUCCGGCAUGGUCCUCUCCUGGCCAAUCCCUAUGGAGCUCACCUCAACUGCAACAACAACAAUGGCAUGGUGGUGCCCAAGGGCUUCCUGGGUGGCCACUGCCUGAACAAUGUGGUCCCUCCAAUCAAAUCAGAGCCCAAGGCCUCCUAUGCACCUGGCACUUUGCCAGACUCUCCCCCGGAUUCCGGAUCGGAAGCCUACUCCCCUCAGCAGGUGAACGAUCCUCACCUCCUCCGGACCAUGACUCCCGAAAAUAUGUGUCACAUGACUCCCCCUUCCCGCCUGGAGCACCCUCCUCCUCCUCCACCACCUCCUCCUCCACCCCCUCACCUCCAGGGUCCCCCUCCACCACCCCCACCACCCCCUCACCCCCUCCAGCCCCAGCACAAUUCCCACUUUCCCGGCCUGCAGCGGGAAAUGUUCCUGAAAGCCGAGCCCCUGAUGCCUCCGUACGGCGUUGGGCCGGGAAUGGCGCCCGCCGAGCUCCACCAUGCCCAGCAAUCCCAGAUGCUGCACCAGCUCCUCCAGCAGCACGGAGCAGACCUCCCGGUGCAUCCUGCCAAGAAGAGGAAACACUCCGAGUCCCCCCCCAACACCCUCAAUGCCCAGAUGCUCAAUGGGCUGAUCAAGCAGGAGCCAGGAAUGGGAUCCGUGCCCCUCAAUCCCGAUCGUGUCCAGACGCCUCCCUGGCACCAGCCGGGUGCACUCUCACCAGGUCUGAUUCAGGAUAACGACAGCCUGAAUGGUUCCUACCUGGAUCCCAACUUCCAGUCCAUCAAGUGGCAGCCACACCAGCAGAACAAGUGGGCAACUCUGUAUGAUGCCAACUACAAGGAGCUCCCGAUGCUCACGUACCGCGUGGAUGCCGACAAGGGCUUCAACUUCUCCGUGGGAGACGACGCCUUCGUGUGCCAGAAGAAGAACCACUUCCAGGUCACUGUGUACAUUGGAAUGCUCGGUGAUCCCAAGUACGUGAAGACCCCCGAGGGCCUGAAACCCUUGGAAUGCUUCUACCUGAAGCUGCAUGGAGUGAAGCUCGAGGCCCUGAACCAGUCCAUCAACAUCGAGCAGUCGCAGUCGGACCGCAGCAAACGGCCCUUCAACCCCGUCACGGUGAACCUGCCCCCGGAGCAGGUCACCAAGGUCACCGUGGGGCGGCUGCACUUCAGCGAGACCACGGCCAACAACAUGAGGAAAAAAGGCAAACCCAACCCAGACCAGAGGUACUUCAUGCUGGUGGUGGCCCUGCAGGCACAUGCCCAGAACCAGAACUACACGCUGGCAGCCCACAUCUCCGAGCGGAUCAUCGUCCGGGCUUCCAACCCAGGGCAGUUUGAGAGUGACAGUGACGUGCUCUGGCAGCGGGCACAGCUCCCAGACACCGUGUUCCACCAUGGCCGUGUGGGAAUCAACACGGACCGCCCGGAUGAGGCCCUGGUGGUCCAUGGCAAUGUGAAGGUCAUGGGGUCCCUGAUGCACCCUUCAGAUGUCCGAGUGAAGGAGGACAUCCAGGAGGUGGACACCACGGAGCAGCUAAAGCGGAUCUCCAGGAUGAGGCUGGUGCACUACAACUACAAACCCGAGUUUGCAGCCACAGUGGGCAUUGACAGCACCUCUGAGACAGGUGUCAUCGCUCAGGAAGUGAAGGAGAUCCUCCCAGAAGCUGUCAAAGACACUGGGGAUCUGGUCUUUUCCAAUGGGAAAACCCUGGAGAACUUCCUGGUGGUGAACAAGGAGAGGAUUUUCAUGGAGAACGUGGGAGCCGUGAAGGAGCUGUGCAAGCUGACGGAUAACCUGGAGACACGGAUUGAUGAGCUGGAAAGGUGGAGCCACAAGCUGGCCAAGCUGAAGAGACUGGACAGCAUGAAGUCAACUGUGAGCUCUGGAGCCUUCAGCCAAACUGGGAGCCAGUUCAGCCGGGCAGGAAGCGUGCCCCACAAAAAGAGACCCCACAAAGUCGCCAGCAAGUCUCCGUCGGUUGUCCCGGAGCAGGCCUGUAUCAGCCAGCGCUUCCUUCAGGGCACCAUCAUUGCCCUGGUCAUCAUCAUGGCAUUCAGCGUGGUGUCCAUGUCCACGCUCUACGUGCUGAGCCUGCGCAGCGAGGAGGAUCUCGUGGACAUCGAUGGGUCAAGCCAGAACAUUGACAAGACACAGACAGUGCGAUCCACAGCUGCAUCCAAGGGAGCCAGCAGCAGGAGCCCUCCAGAGCACGUCCUGGAUGAGGGGCAUGGAGUAGCCCUUGGCAUUCCUGGUGGUGGUGUGCUGGCCUGUUUCAGCCCUCCCUGUUUUUCCACGUGCUGCUCUGCUGCUCCCACUGACAUCUCAUCCGUUGUCCCCUCGGAGACCAGCCCUGCCCAUGUCACCAACCGGACAGACCAAAGCCAGCCCUCCCUCCUGCCGGUGACAAAUAUCAAAGCCAAAUCCAGGGGCAUCACCGGGAAAUCCACCUCCUACACCAAGUGGCCAAAGACUCCUGACAGGUCUCAGAGCUUCGGCAGCCCCAAUGCCAGCCCCUCCUCCCCCUUCUCCCACAUCCAGGGCAAAUCCAAGUACAUCUCCAACCUCUCGCUCUCCCGCAGCAGCUCCCGGCAGCAGCGCAGCCUCCGGCAGCCGGUGAGCGAGCGGCCGCGCACGGAGCAGCCCGGCACGGAUGCAGGGCCGAGCCCGGUGCUGCAAUCCGUCCGGAUCCUGGAGAUCAACCUGGCCAUCCAUUCCCAGUACUGCGCUGCUGCUGAUGCCUGCAGGACUGGGAAUUUCAGCUACCGCAUCCCUGUGAACCAGCGGACGGCCGUGAACACCAACCUGACCCUGGAGAUGAACUCCUCCUCCUCUGUGUCCAUCUCCCUCUGUGGCCUUGUGUCCAGUGAUCCCUGCCAGGAUGCUGUGAGCGGGAACAGCUCCACUGACUCCACAGAUGCACAGGACACCACCCACCGCUGGCCUCUGGUGAUGCUGUCUUUCCGGGAGUUCUCCUACCACUUCCGAGUGGCACAGCCGGGCCGAGCAGACUGCAGCACUUCCCUGGAGCAGCUGGGACACCUCUUCACUGACUAUUACUUCCAGUUCUACUGGCUCUGUGAGUGAGUCCCAGCAGCACCAGUGCCCUCUGCUCAGAGACAGGAGGGGAACUGGUGCCACUGGGAGCCUCCCGAAUUCCCUGCUCCGCUGGCCCCCAGCCCCACCUCAUCCCCGUGUCCUGCGGCAGCUCCGGAGCUGGAAUGGUGAUGGCUGGAGACACUGAAGCUCAGCACACACAGGACCUAAAGGCCACCACUAGACCUGUGGUGGCUCCUGGGGGGGACCUCGCACCAAUUCCCAGCAUCCCACAUCCCUCUCCUUCCCUAAUGGGGGUGUUUGUGUCCUCCGUCACUUCCCCCUCCCCUUCCAACACUGUAUUUGGAAGCAUGACACCAGACUGAGCAUGGACAGCUCUGCCAUGUCGCAGAGGGAUGCUCCUUCCAUGGACAGGAGCCCCAUCCUGGUGCUCCCAGAUGUUCCACAUCAGUUCUUCACAACACUGGAAUUGCUUCAACACUGGAGCCCUUUCCAAGAGCCAAAUGCUGGAGUUUGGCCUGGAAAGGAUGGCUGUGCCUGGACCUACUGGAAGUCAUACACUGGAGUUGCUGUUCCUUCUGCUUGGCCCAGGGCCACUUCCCACAGACUUCCCAGAGACUCCCGGACCUGCCAAUGGACACGUUCCUCUAGGAACAACCGGAAAAGGAGCAGCUUCGACAUCAUCCCCCCUCUUCUUUGUGCUCUUAAAUCCCAUAUCCAUGUGGGACAUCCAGGAUGGAUAAAACCCCCACUCAAGCUGCUGCUGAGGCCAUGCCACAGCUGGGGACACUCGUCCUCAAGGCAGGGGGUGACAAAUGACCGGGACUUACCCACAGGAAGUGUGGUGGGAUCCAUUUAUCUCCGCUUGGAAGCGGCGUGUGCGGAGCUGCCUGGUCAGCUCUGGAGCCAAUGCCAACCUCUGCCCAGAUGUGCAGCACUGGCAAAGCCCUGCAGAGCAAGGCUGAGUCCCUGGGAACACCAGGAUCCGUGUCCAGGCAGGAUCUCUGCCUCGGGAGAGGGGUGGUGUUCUCCCAAAAGCUGGGAUGGCAGCAGCUGCCCUCACAGAGUUGUGCUGGGGGGAUUUGGGAUAUUUUACUGUUACAAGAACUUAACUUGCUAAA